AUGCGGCACCAGCCACAGUUGCGAAUGAAGCUUACCCAAACCGCAUGUCCCGGCUUCGCGCAUGAGCCUCUCUCGAAUCAACCCGGCGUGUUGCAAGUGUUGUUGACAUGCAGUCAGUCCUGCUUCUCUGAGCACGGGCAAAGGAGAGACAGCAGCAGCAGCAGCAGUGACCACCCCGCCGCUGCUGCCGCCGCCGCCAUCAUGGACGCGCCACCCGUCAAGCUCGCCGAGCUGCUGCGGCACCCGGACGACCUCGACAAGAUCCCCGCACUGAAGCUCGAGUUUGCACGCAAGAAGGGCGCCAUCGACUCGCAGCUCCGCGGCGGCCUGCGCGACCAGCUCGAGACGACGCAGGGCGGCAUGACGGGCCUCGCCGACGGGCAAAAGGCCGUCCAGCAGAUCAAGGACGAGAUGAUCAAGAUCGACAAGCUGUGCUCCGAGAGCCAGAACAUGAUACGCGACUUUGCCACCAUCAACCUCGUCUCCCAGGCCCACCGCAACUUUGGCGCCGUCGAGGCCAUGCGCCGCAACCUCGAGACCUUCAACGACCGCCUCGCCGCCGUCGAGGCCAUGCUGCAGCAGGACGAGGACGACCGCGAGAACAUGCCCAACCUCCUGCCCAUACACUACGAGCUCACCCAGCUCAGGAAUAUUCGAGACGAUGCUAUCGAGCAGAUCGGACGCGCCGACGACCCCAGCCUACAGUCGACGUUGGAGGAUUAUUUCGAGAGGCUGGACGGUGCUAUCGACUGGUUCGAUGAACACGUCGGCCUGAUCGCGACCAGUCUCAUCAACCUCGUCACGUCCGAGAACAAUGGACUGGUGGUCAGGUUCGCGCUGAUCAUCGAGGCAGAGGAGAAGAGCGACCAGAGGGUCAUGGCCCUGCAAGAGGCGAUGAGGGAUCACAAGGAGAUCGCAUCCAGGUUCCAGGGCAUCACAGACGGUGCCAAAACAGUCAGAGGAUAUAAAGACAAGUUCUUGCUGGCAAUAAAGGCUUUCGGAGAAGCCCAGUUCGGGGCCACCAGGGAAGAGUUCCUGCAGGAUCCCACGAAGCUGGAGAAGCUGCUCAAGUGGUUCUUCAAUGACCUCAAUGCAGUCAAGCUGGGGAUGGUACCGCUCAUGCCCAAGAAGUGGAAGAUUUUCAAGACCUACGGAGAGAUAUAUCACGGGCUCAUGCACGACUUCCUAGUCGGCAUGAUCGAAGACCCCGAGGCCAGCUCGGCCAACACGCUAGAGAUCAUCAACUGGCCCGAGAAGUACUACAAGAAGAUGACCAAGCUCGGCUUCAAGCAGGACGAGCUGAAGCCUCAUGUCAUUGACAACCGGGAGACGGAGCUCGUGCGAGACUUCAGGCAGCUCAUCAUCAAGUUCCUGGACGAGUGGCUGGACCGGAUAUUCAAGCAGGAGAAGAAGGACUUUGCGGAGCGCAACGUCGAGGGCUCGAACCUGGACCAGGACGAGUACGGCUACUUCCGGACGCGGAACCUGGUGGACAUGUGGAGGAUGCUUAGGGAGCAGCUCGACGUGGCCGCCAACUCGCAGCGCACAGACGUGGUGGAGGGCGUCAUCGACGCCAUGUUCCUGCGGCUGCGCGGCAGGCAGCAGAGCUUCCAGCGGAUGCUCGAGGAGGAGGCGCAGCGGUACGAGAGCGGCAAGGAGCCCGAGCUGGAGGGCUUCCAGGCCCUGCAGGACUGGCUCGUGGCCACGGCCAACGACCAGAUCGCCUGCAUCGACGACAACGAGGACGAGGGCCGGCUGGCGUACCUGUCGAGCUUCCGCGAGAAGUUUGAGCCCCUCGUGUCGCAGCAGUACAUGGAGCGCGCCGAGGCCGAGGUGGCGGCCCUGCGCGACGGCUACGUCGACUUCAGCACGUGGUGCAUCACCAAGUUUGCCCACCUCAUCUUCGCCGUCGACUUCCGCGCCGUCAUGCCCGACUUCUUCACGCCGCGCUGGUACACGAGCACGGCCAUGAAGCAGAUGGUGGUCACGUUUGAGGAGUACGUCGGCGACUACCGUCAGGUGCUGCACCACUCGCUCGUCGACAUCUUCAUCGAGAUCUUCUCGGACGAGGUGCUUGCGCGCUACCUGUCGGCCGUGCGCAACAAGGGCGCCCGCUUCCGCCGCGCCGACCAGUUCCAGGACAAGAUCUUCAACGACAUCUCGACCAUCUUCGAGUUCUUCGACGCGCUGCCGAGCCCCGAGGUCGCCGCCCAGCUCAAGCAGCAGUGGCGCGUCACGGAGCACUUCCUCGCCCUGCUCGCCGUCGACAAGGAGGGCCUGCCCGACGCGUUCGAGCAGUUCAAGGCCGCCUACUGGGACCUGCAGAUCAGCUGGGUCGAGGCCGUGCUGCGGUCGCGCGACGACUUUGAGAGGAGCAUGCUCAACGCCGUCAAGGCGCGGGCGGCGCAGAUGUACGUCGACCGGGGGCCCGAGACCAUCAUGAGCAAAGUCAAAUGA